AUGCUAUGUCAUGCAGAUACAAUUGUUAGAGUAAAAUAUGUUAAACAAUACAAAAAAGAGGAUAUAAAUUUGUUAGUAGUGUGGGCUCUUGGAGCAUAUUCUGUAAAAUGUAAAGAUUAUGAUAUUAAGAUGACUUUGUUUGUUACUAUAAAUCCUAAAGAUUGGGAUUAUAAGACUCAAGCAGUUUUUGAAAAAGAUCAUUUUUUUUUGGUCAUGAUUCUUAACAAAGUUAUUGAAUCGAAUAAAUGUCUUUUGAAGGUUUCUUUAGUCAGAGUUCCUCAGAAAAUGCCAAAUGAGAUUAAAGAUUAUGCCAUUUUUAAAACAUUAGUGACUGAUUAUUUUGGUCAAGAGCAAAAUUUUAUUAUGAAUGUUGUUUUUUCAUAUAAUUCACAUUUAAUAUAUUUAAAAGAUAUAAUUCGUGCUUUGAAGUCAUUGAUUUUUGUGGUAGGACAAUUGGAAAUAAUUGAUAAUGAAUUUUACGUUUUGCAAAAGAUGUUAGUUACAUGGAUAUACAUUUUGUUAAAUAUUGUUGAAAGUUCUAAAGAAAAGUCUGUGAAUGAAACUUCAAACAGUUCAAAUUGUUUUUUGAACGAAUCUGUAUUGAGUUCGAGGGAUUAUCCCAGUGCUGCAAAACAUUUACGAACUGGUAAUUUGAGUGGGUCUUCUGAUGAAGGUUUAGGAAAUGUUGAGUAUAUUGAUCAUGGAUCUUGUACAGAAGCAAGUAUUAAAAAAGUAGGGGAAUUUACAGAAAGUAGUAAAAAUAAGAAGACCAUUUCACUUAAUGAUGAAGAGGCAGAGAUAUAA